CUCUGUGUUUUACCACAGGUUGAAUUAAGGCUGGACAGUGGUGAUGUCACUGCAAAUGAGUGAGGCAGAGGGGGCUGUGAAGGUGGAGGAGUGGCAGCAGACGUUUUACGCCCCAGACUCAGGCAUUCAGUCAGGAGCCACCACCAUUCGAGAUGAGGACGAGUCUGAGUGCUGUAAGAAGUACAGCCUCAGUGCCAGCGCUGGCGAGAGCGCCACAGAUAUCGAGGCUCAGUACAGUCUAACUCGAGCUCAGCGAGUGCGUGCGGCCAUGUUCCCCGAGACGCUGGUGGAGGGAGAGAUGGUGCUCACCGCGCAGAGCAAUCCAGACCAGCCCACCAAUGUGCAGAGACUGGCCGAGCCCUCGCAGCUCCUCAAAACAGCCAUCGUUCAUCUCAUCAACUAUCAGGAUGACGCUGAGCUGGCCACUCGCGCCGUACCAGAGCUCACCAAACUGCUGGCCGACGAGGACCAGGUGGUGGUAAACAAGGCAGCACUGAUUGUGAACCAGCUUACGCGGAAGGAGGCGUCUCGCCGUGUGCUCAUGCAGUCUCCUCAGAUGGUGUCGGCUGUGGUGAGGGCCAUGCAGAACACCGGAGACCUGGAGACGGCGCGCUGCGCUGCCAGCGUCCUGCACAGCCUCUCCCACCAGCGCGAGGGCCUGCUAGCCAUCUUCAAAUCGGGCGGCAUCCCUGCACUAGUGCGCAUGCUCGGUUCCCCUAUGGAGUCAGUGAUGUUCUACGCCAUUACCACGUUACACAACCUGUUACUGCACCAGGAGGGAGCCAAGAUGGCGGUGCGUCUGGCUGAUGGACUGCAACGGAUGGUCCCUCUUCUGAAAAAAACCAACCCCAAGUUCCUGGCCAUCACCACAGACUGCCUGCAGCUGCUGUCUUACGGCAAUCAGGAGAGCAAGUUGAUCAUCCUGGCAAAUGGUGGGCCAGAAGGUUUGGUGUUCAUUAUGAGAAACUACAACUAUGAGAAGCUCCUGUGGACCACCAGCAGAGUCCUGAAGGUGCUGUCUGUCUGUCCAAGCAACAAACCAGCUAUUGUUGACGCUGGGGGUAUGCAGGCUCUCGGCCAACAUCUCUCAGGUUCGAGUCAGCGUCUGACACAGAACUGCCUGUGGACCCUGAGGAAUCUCUCUGACGCUGCAACCAAGCAGGAAGGUCUGGACGGUCUCCUGCAGAUCUUAGUGAGUCAGCUGGGCUCAGAUGAUGUGAACAUGCUGACCUGCGCUACUGGCAUCCUGUCAAACCUCACCUGCAACAACGCACGCAACAAGGCCCUGGUCACCCAGAGCGGCGGGGUGGAGGCCCUCAUUCACGCCGUGCUGCGGGCCGGAGAGAAGGAGGACGUGGCCGAGCCGGCCGUCUGUGCCCUGCGUCACCUCACGAGCCGCCACCCCGACGCAGAGCUGGCCCAGAAUGCAGUGCGUCUGCACUACGGCAUCUCCGCCAUCACCAAGCUCUUGGGCCAGCCGCACUAUUGGCCUGUGGUAAAGGCCACAGUGGGUUUGAUUCGUAACUUGGCCCUGUGUCCGGUCAAUCAGGCGCCUCUGAGAGAAUCUGGGACAAUCCCUCGACUGGUCAACCUGCUCUUGAAAGCUCAUCAGGAAACUCAAAGACACGGCUCAGGGGCCCAGCAGACCUAUCAGGAUGGCGUGCGAAUGGAGGAGAUCGUGGAAGGCUGUACAGGCGCUUUGCAUAUACUGGCCAGAGAUCCCAUCAACCGAGGGGAGAUCGCCAGCAUGCAGACCAUUCCUCUGUUUGUGCAACUUCUGUACUCCUACGUGGAGAACAUAAAGCGUGUGUCUGCCGGUGUUUUGUGUGAACUGGCUCUGGAUAAGCAGUGUGCCGAGAUGAUCGACGCAGAAGGAGCAUCUGCACCUCUAAUGGAGCUCCUGCACUCUCCCAAUGAGGGGAUUGCCACCUAUGCUGCGGCCGUUCUCUUCCGCAUCUCUGAGGACAAGAGUUCAGACUACAGGAAGCGUGUGUCGGUGGAGCUCACUCAUUCCCUCUUCAAACAUGACCCUGCAGCCUGGGAAAUGGCACACGCCGCCAUGCCACUCGACCCUGGAUAUAUACCAGAUGAUCUGGAUGCAGUUUACCCUCCAUAUGGUUACUCUGAUUUACCCAUGGAUGGCCUCCCGCUGGACGCUGAGCUACAUGAGCAAUACAUGCCAGAAAUGACCUAUGACCCUCGACAGGUGUACCCAAAUCCUCUUUAACAACACUGCCAGCAGUCUUCAGGUCAAAUGAAGUGGAUGAUGAAGAUGGAGACUACAAAUCAGUUUGUUCCCUGCAAAAAAACACGGAGCAGGGCUUGAACUGUGCAGUGCUCGAACGAAAGAAGAACAAAACACACGACUUGCUUUAGUUCACCACCGGUCUGUUUGUGACGUGAACUCUAAGCACUGCCUAACUCAUCUUGUUAUCUUGUGCUACUAACAGAGUGACAAAGCCUAAAAGUGUGGUGACGCGAUAAGCAUGUGAUCAUAACAUGUACAUUGUGUACUUUAUAUUGUUUGUCCAAAGAUGUCCAGACAACUCCGUCCUAGAAAUGUAGCAUAGCUAGUUAGCGGCUCAGCCACACGAGGGUUCGUUUUCCUUUGCGUUCUGUGUAUUUGUGGCUCUGAGGCAUUGCUACUGAGUAGAAAAUAAACAAAAGCAACAACAAAACCUACAUCUAAAAACAGAAACUCGUUUGUAUUUUCAUAAUCUCACUAUUAUAAGAUGACAUUUGUUGACAUUGAUAUGUUGUCCUGCAAACCUCUUCUAACAGGCCAAGGGCAGGAUUUCUUCUGUUUGUGCUUGAUUUCUUUAUUGUGUUUAAGAGACAAACUGAUAUUCAGUUGGAAGAGAAAGUUUGUGGCGUAUGAUUUCAUGUAAAGACAUUUUAGCAGGCAUUGAUGGAUGACAGAUCUGUACACAUUACUCACAGCUAUAACAUACAAAAGUAUUUGGACACAAAUUCCGAAUAAACCAAUAAAAAAU